AUGAUGAUGACAAAAAGGAGACAGACUCUCCUUUUACAGUUGCUUGCGGCCAUUGCUGUUUUUUGUACAACCGCCUAUGUCUUUUUCCCAUCAACUCGCCCUGCAAGUCCUCAACUCGCUGAUAAUUGGUAUGAUGAAUCUGAUCUCACAGGCUUCGAGCCUCAUGAAAACCAAGAAAUGGCAGCAUUAGCUGCUGUGCAUCAUGGUGGUAAGCAAAAGCCUGUCAUUGAUCCCAAUCGUGUCAAGGCCGCAUUUGUUAUCUUGGCUAGAAACUCUGAUUUGCAAGGCAUCCGUCAAUCUAUUCGUCAAAUGGAGGAUCGCUUUAACAAAAAGUUCAACUAUCCCUAUGUGUUCUUGAACGAGGAGUUUUUUACUGAUGAGUUCAAGCAAAAGACUAGUGAUUUGACAAGCGCCCAAACUUUCUACGGCAAGAUCGAUGAAGACAUGUGGGGAUAUCCUGACUACAUCAAUCAAACUUAUGCUGCCGAAUGUAGAAAAGAUAUGCACGAUAGAAAGAUCAUUUAUGGUGGCAGUGAACCUUAUAGACACAUGUGCCGUUUCCAAUCUGGCUUUUUCUUUAGACAUCCCUUGCUUGAUAACUUUGAGUACUACUGGCGUGUUGAACCUGAUGUACAAUAUUUCUGUGAUGUUGACUAUGAUGUGUUCCAAAUGAUGAAGGACAACAAGUUCAAAUACGGUUGGACUCUUUCAUUGACUGAAUACAUGGCCACCAUUCCUACCCUUUGGAAUGCUACUCAAGCUUACAUGGAAAAGUACCCAGAGUACAUUAAUUGGGGUGAGGAUAGUUUGAUGCCCUGGCUUACUGAUAAUGAUUUUGAGUCAUACAAUGGUUGCCAUUUCUGGUCUAAUUUUGAGAUUGGCUCCCUUGAUUUCUUGAGAAGUGAACCUUACUUGAAGUACUUUGAGCAUUUGGACAAGCAAGGUGGUUUCUUCUAUGAGAGAUGGGGUGAUGCUCCUGUACAUUCUAUUGCUGUUGCCAUGUUGCUAAAGACCUCUGAGGUCCAUUUCUUCAAUGACAUUGGUUAUAAGCACAAUCCCUUGAUGCAUUGUCCUACUGAUCCUUUCCUUCAAAAGAACUGUUGGUGUGAUGAGAAGCAAAACUUUGACUGGCAAGGCUGGAGUUGCGCUACCCGCUACAAGAAGAUCCAAGAAGAUUUCGUCUGGAGUGAGUCUGUGUACAAGAACAAGACUGAUCCAUACCGUAUCAAGGCUUAA